AUGGUUCCCCUCAUGAGCACACACGCCUUCCGAGAGGCACUUUCAGCUCUUGAGAGUGAGAUAGAAACUCUAUCGAAAAAUGCCUCUACGUUAGAGGCUUCCAUAGGAAUGAGCCGGAGAAAGAAUGCACUUUUGGCAAAAGGCGUAUCGGAGCUAAAAAGAAGAAAAGAGGAGCAGACGGGCUUACUCAACAGAGAAGAAAAUAAAAUAUUUUCAAGCGCGCGCGAACUCUCGGAGGUUGAGGAAAAAGUAAACCAAAUGGAAGUCGAACUCGCGAGUGUUCACGCGCUGAGGGCGAGCCUGCAGGAAGAGGUUGGGCUCCGGAGCGAGAAAAUAGACGAGAACGAGCUCAUCCUGGGGCUGUACGAAGGGUGCUUGAGUGCCUUCAAAUAA